AUGACCCAACGAAGAAAAUCCGUAAAGGACCCGGCGUACCGAGCGGUCCGUGCAAAAAAAGGACCCACAAGAUUCGAGCAAUGGCCGAUGCUCCCAGAAGUGGCGAAGAGAAUGGUGAUCGGGAAUUUGAGUUUUGAGGAUAGAAACAACAUUCGUCAGUGCUCCACCGUCGAAAUGAAGCUGGUCGAUAAAAUAGCUGAUUCCUUCGACAAGCUGAGAAUCUUCGAAGCGAAAAACGAUGAGGAAACCAAGCAAUACUUGUGCCUGUCGAUAAAUAGAUGGAAUUUCAAAGUUCUGAAGACCGACAAUCUCAAAAAUCGAACAGCCAUCGGAGUCGGCGCUGUCACAACUUUCUGCCGAAUCUUCGCGAAUCCGAGAACUACUGCAAAAUGUGUAGAGUUGGAUUUUCCCUACAGAUCAACUCACCGUAACAUUAUGCCAAUUUUGGUCUCCGAACUUGCAAGGACUGGCGUCAAAAUCCGAGCCAAGGAGCUCUGGGUCAGGAGCAAUCAGGCCGCUUACAAGUGGAUCGGAAAAGUCCUGAAAGCUUUUGAACCGGGGCACCUGGAAAAGAUCGCAGUGGGCCGUAUCUCAGGAAAGGACUACGCGGAGAUUAAGAACACCGAGCAGUUCAAGGCCUGCAAACAAUAUAUGCUCAUCGCAGAAAGUAAUUUUCAGUUAUACAAAGGGUUUGAUGGGACUUUCCAGCUGGACCUGGAUGCUGUGAUGCGGAGAAGCUUGAAGUUUCGAUGCAAGUUCUAAGACCGGAUGAAGCGUGGAAAGUGAUUACAAGCUUCCGUGCAAGAUCCAACUUGCCCCUCGGAUCGUUCUUCAAAAUCUCCACCGGCCAAGAAUGGAAAAUUCAAGAUUUUCUCAAGGAAUUCGAUGUUCCGGCUGUCCAUCAUCCUCAUCGUUAUGAUCAACACCAUUAUGUUUCACACCGCCAAGCGUUCGACAUGGAAGAUGAGACAAAAGUAUUGGUGAUCACACUUUGGACGUCACACGAGCACAGCGAGCUUUGCGGAGAAAUUUUCGAUAGGGAGCGGUUCCGAAGCAUUUAUGACAACAACGAUCAGUAAUA